AUGGCACCUUCCGCUAUUACUCUUACCGAAGAAUACCGAGCCCCAUUGAAAGACAUACCAGUCUUCAAUAACUAUUGUUUCGGUAGUAACGAGACGGAGAAUGGCGCCUGGAAAUCCAAGCAGUUGAUUGGAGACGCUCUGAAGAGCCGUGUCGAGGCUAUUGAUACUGAUACCUGCGGCGUCGGUGAUGAGGAUGCCUUCUUCGUUGCCGACCUGGGCGAGGUCUACCGCCAGCACAUGCGCUGGAAGAAGAAUUUGAGCCGUGUAAAGCCACACUAUGCUGUCAAGUGCAAUCCGGAUCUGCAGGUCUUGCGCCUGAUGACCGAGUUGGGCAUGGGCUUCGAUUGCGCCUCCAAGAAUGAGAUUGAGACCGUUCUGAAGUUGGGCGUCGACCCUUCCCGCAUCAUCUAUGCGCAGCCGUGCAAGACCAAGUCGUACGUCCGCUACGCUGCUCAGUCUGGCGUCAAGCAGAUGACCUUUGACAACGCCGACGAGCUUUACAAGACCAAGCAGCUCUUUCCAGAUGCCGAGCUGUACUUGCGCAUCCUCACGGAUGACUCGGCUAGCUUGUGCCGCCUAAGCCAGAAGUUCGGCGCUUCUUUGGAUACUACUGCUGAGCUUUUGGAGCUGGCGAAGAAACUCGAGCUCAAUGUUGUGGGCGUGGCCUUUCACGUUGGCUCUGGCGCAUCCGACCCCAAGGCCUUCAUCAAAGCUGUGCAGGACGCCCGCUUCGUCUUCGACCAGGCGGCCGCUCUUGGCUUCAACAUGCACACCUUGGAUGUCGGUGGCGGCUUCACUGGCGAUGUCACUUUCGAGCCCAUGGCUGCAGUGCUCUCUGCUUCCCUGGACGAGUACUUCCCACCGCACAUUCGUGUCAUCGCCGAGCCAGGACGCUACUACGUGUCGACUGCGUUCACUAUUGCAUGCAACGUUAUUGCUCGUCGCACUGUAACCGAUGCCACGCUUGGCACUACCUCGUACAUGCUGUAUCUUAACGAUGGUGUUUAUGGCAACUUCUCGAGCAUCAUCUUCGACCACCAGCACCCCCAGCCACGCGUGUUGAAGAAUGGGAACAAUGUCUUGUACGAUGUUCGCCGCUCCGGUUACGACACGCCUUCGCAGGUCGAGUACUCUAUCUGGGGCCCGACUUGUGAUGGCAUCGACAUCAUUUCUACCUCUUGCACCUUUCCUGAGUUGCUCGAUGUGGGCGACUGGCUCUACUUUGAAGACAUGGGCGCAUACACCAAGUGCUCUGCCACGCGCUUCAACGGCUUCACGGACAGCCACGAAGUCAUUUAUGUGUCCAGCGAGUCGGGAGCUAGUGCGUUGAUGGGCAUGUAA